AUGAACUCCUAUAAAAUACAGGUAUGAACAUCAAUAAAAUCAUAAAAGUUAUAUAUUCUACAAUUCCCGAUAGAUUAAAGAUACUCACUGUUAUUAAAUAUAUCAUACAAUAAAAACAACACAACAUAUUAAGUGAUUGAUUCUGAUGCUUUUUAUUCUAAACUGCCUUACUAAAAUAUUUAUAUCUAUUAGAUUAACAAAAUUACAAUAGAUGUCCAAUAUAAACAAAUCUGUACUUACCCUCAUUAAAACAGAGUAAGUUUUAAUUACUCAAUUUACGUAAUAGAAUAACCAAACCCCAAGAACUAAUGCAUAUUCCCUUACUUUUCAUUGAAGUGCGAUUAAUAAAUAGACUAUCAAUAAAUAUCACAUAAAUCCUUUACAGUUCCAAAAUAGAGUUGGAUCUAUAUGUAUUAUAUGCUCGAUAAGACUGAUUACACAGUAUUACUUUGAAUAUAAGCAUUAGUUGUACUUGGAGAACAGCGAAUCUGACCUUGGGAUCUCCUUUGUUCUUGCAGGCACGCCCUAUCAAACUGAAUUGCCCUCUUUCAAUUCCUAUUUUACCAUAAUACCAUAGCUUUACUUUUACAAAGUGGAUUUAAAGAGAUAAGAAUACGAAACAAAUUACAUAAUCGUGAUUGGAAUCUAUAACUUUAAUACUACAUCCUAGGCUAAAAUGACAAUGUACUUGGAGGAGAUAGGCAAUGAAUCAGAUUCCUUCCCUCUGUGGGCAAUUUUAGUGAUUGUGGGCAUUCUUCUAUUAGCUUUAUUAAUAAUUUCAUCCAUUUAUAUUCAUUUGCGAAGAUAAUUUAAAGUGAUAGCUUCGGAUGUUCCAGCCUUAAAUAGAGAGACUUUGAAUGAGUAUAUGCCAGCAAAGAAGGCAAUAACUGAAAUAAUGGGUGAGGAAUGUUGUAUAUGUCUCAAUGCAUAUAAAAAGGAUGAAUUUGUACGAGAAUCCAUAUGUCACCAUAUAUUUCAUGAUUAAUGUUUAUCUGAAUGGUAAAUAAUCACUUAAAUUGAAGGACUAAGAAGAAUACUAAUUGUCCUGUCUGCAGAUAAGAAUUCUCUGAAAGCGAAAUGAAAAGGUUAUUGUAGACAUAGAAACAAACUGAGAGUAGUCCAUUCAACAGACAUGCACAAAAGUCUCCCUUCAUUAUAAAAUAUCAAAGUCUAAAAGUCAUUCAAUCUCAAUAACAACAUAGGAAUUACCCUGAUGAUUCAAUCUAAUAAUUAAAAUAAGGGGAGAUAUCAUUGUAAGAGAAUUCUGUUUAACCUUUUUAAAUUUAAUGA